AUGUUCACUUUCACCCCUCUCCUAGGCGCGCAAUCAUCAUCUUCGCGUGCGUCGCAGUCUAUCUUGGAGCUUGAUGGAGGCAUCAAGAUACUGGUGGAUGUUGGCUGGGACGAUAGCUUUGAUACCCUUGACUUAGCGGAACUUGAGAAACAUAUCCCCACCCUCUCUCUGAUCCUCCUGACACACGCUACACCGGCGCAUAUCGGCGCCUUGGUUCACUGCUGCAGAACCUUCCCACUCUUCACACAAAUCCCAAUCUACGCAACGAGUCCUGUCAUCGCCUUCGGUCGUACGCUCUUACAAGACCUCUAUGCCUCAGCACCGCUUGCAGCUACCUUCCUGCCGAAGACAUCUGUCUCCGAACCUGGCGCAGCUUCGGCAUUAGCUAGUGUGUCGAGCGAUCAAGACACCGAAGCUGCUGGCAACACAAGCCGAAUUCUCCUUCAACCGCCGACUGCGGAGGAGAUCUCUCGAUAUUUCUCUCUCAUUCAACCACUCAAAUACUCCCAACCUCACCAGCCACUACCUUCACCGUUCUCGCCGCCGUUAAACGGGCUCACCCUCACAGCUUACAAUGCGGGUCACACCGUCGGUGGAACCAUAUGGCACAUUCAGCAUGGGUUGGAGUCCAUUGUAUAUGCAAUGGACUGGAACCAGGCCCGUGAGAGCGUGGUUGCAGGUGCUGCUUGGUUUGGCGGCUCAGGUGCAAGCGGAGCAGAGGUUAUUGAGCAGUUACGAAAACCCACGGCUUUGAUCUGCAGCACCAAAGGAGGAGAUAAGCUGGCACCCCCCGGAGGGCGGAAGAAACGGGACGAUCUUCUUCUCGAUAUGAUCCGCAGUAGUCUCGCGAAGGGAGGCACUGUUCUCAUCCCGACGGACACAAGUGGGCGGGUUUUGGAGCUAGCCUAUUCUUUGGAACACUCCUGGCGCGAUGCAUCCGCUGGCAACAAAGAUGAUGUUCUCCAAGGAGCAGGGUUAUACCUGGCCGGUAAGAAGGUUACCACCACAAUGCGACUUGCCCGAAGCAUGUUGGAGUGGAUGGACGAGAACAUCGUACGCGAGUUUGAAGCCGCAGAAAGCACAGACAACACGAGUGGACAAAGGUCAGGAGGUCAGGAUAAGGGCUCUAGCAAGGGUGCAGGGCCGUUCCAUUUCAAGCACCUAAAGAUCAUUGAGCGCCAGAAGCGGCUCGAAAGGCUUUUGGCCGAUCCAGGCCCGAAAGUCAUUCUUGCAUCCGAUACAUCUCUUGACUGGGGCUUCUCAAAGGAGUCUCUUCGUCACUUAGCCGAGGGCCCCAAUAAUCUGUUGUUGUUGACAGAAUCCUUCCACAAGGAAAAGAUAUAUGAAAAAACAGCGGAUUCUCGGAGUUCGAUGAGACUCGGAAAAAUGAUAUGGGAGUGGUAUGAGGAACGAAGAGAUGGUGUGGCUCUGGAGAAAGGAUCGGAUGGUGAAUUGCUCGAACAAGUCCACAGCGGUGGACGAGAAUUGGCUUGGACAGAUGUGCAGCGGGCACCUCUCGACGCCGGAGAGCAGCUGCUAUACCAGCAGUAUCUUGCUACAAAACGCCAGUUGCAAGACACAUCGCAAACCCGGGGCCAAGAGCCUAUUGAAAACGUUGCAGACGCUCUCGAUGACGGAUCAAGCUCAACAUCUUCCGAGGACUCGGAUCCUGAGCAACAGGGCCGAGCACUGAACUUUUCAGCAUCGCUUGCACACGCCAGUCGCAGCAAACUUGCUGUCAGUGACGAGGACCUUGGUGUUAAUAUUCUUCUUCGCAGAAAGAACGUCUACGAUUAUGAUGUGCGCGGUAAGAAGGGUCGCGAGCGCAUGUUCCCUUUCGUGGCACCUAGAAAAAAGGGUGACGAAUACGGCGAAUUCAUUCGUCCGGAGGAAUACCUACGAGCUGAGGAACGUGAAGAGAUUGAUAUGCAACAACGACGGUCCGAUGCGGAGACCAAGCUCGGCCAAAAGCGACGAUGGGACGAUACCGUGGGGCCUAAUGGGCGGAAGUUGUCCGGUGGCGCGGCAGGGCGAAAACGUCUACACGUCGAUGAUGAUGAUCUCAGCCUCGCCACGGAUGGCGAGGAUGCCGAUGAGGCCGUGGAGUCUGAGAACGAAGUAGAUAACCAGACAUUCGAAGGGCCUGCCAAGGCUGUUUUCCACCCGCAAAACGUCACAGUCCACGCUAGGAUUGCCUUCGUCGAUUUCAUGGGGUUGCAUGACAAGCGUAGCUUGGAAAUGUUGAUCCCGCUCAUUCAGCCCCAGAAGUUGAUUUUGGUCGGGGGAAUGAAGGAAGAAACUGAUGCCUUGGCUUCUGAAUGCAAGAAGCUAUUGGCUGCCAAGCCUGGUGCUGUCGUUGCCGAUCCUCACUUUGACUCAGCUUCUAUCAUUUUCACACCCAACAAUGGUGAGGUCAUCGAUGCUAGUGUCGACACGAAUGCUUGGAUGGUCAAACUGAGCAACACCCUUGUCCGACGACUUAACUGGCAGCACGUCCGCAGUCUGGGCGUGGUUGCUCUCACGGCCCAAUUGCGGGGUCCAGAGCCCAUCGUUGAUGAAAGUGACACCGAGACAGGAGGCAAGAAAAUGAAGCAGCUUAAAGAUGAAGCAGCUUCAUCUGCUGUUACCCCAGCUUUGGAACCUGGCAACAGGUCAGCCGAAAAGCCAGAAGUCUAUCCCCUUCUUGACAUCCUCCCUGUGAAUAUGGCUGCAGGAACCAGAUCCAUGGCACGCCCUCUACAUGUCGGCGAUUUACGUUUAGCUGAUCUUCGCCGGCUGAUGCAAGCUGCUGGUCACAUUGCCGAAUUCCGUGGCGAGGGAACGCUCUUGAUUGACAAGUGCGUCGCUGUCCGAAAAUCGGGCACUGGCAAGAUUGAGAUUGAAGCCACUGCGCAGUCUUCAGUUAGCCAGGCUAAUUUGGGCCGUGGGGCGGGCAGUUUCCUUGCUGUCAAGAAGAAGAUCUAUGAGGGUCUGGCUGUUGUUGCGGGCAACUAA